AUGUCCUACAUCCUCACGGCCGAUGGCCCCAAGCUCCCCUGGGAGCUUGAUGAAGCCACGCCUGACGUGUCCACGCCAGAGCCCAGUGCAGGGCGGAGUGGAGCUCCCGUCAGCAAGCUGCCCGGAGUGGGUGGCUAUGCAGAGCAGCACCCGGUGAAGCGGGACGAGCCCACAGGCACCGGAGGCCGCGUCGAUCAGCUGGACCUGCUGCGGCGGGCGGAAGAGGGCUCGGCCCUGGAGCUGAAGGCGCUGCUGCAGCGAGGCGUCGAGGUGAAUGUGUACGCGAGUGAGUUCCGGCUCUACCCAGGCUCCUCCCGGAUGUUCUGCACUGAUUGGACUCCCUUGACUGCGGCGGUCUUUGCUGGGCACGACGAGGUGGUUCAGGUCCUUUUGGAGGCCCGGGCCAAUGUCAACGAGGUGUGUUGCUGCUGUACCUCCAGUGGGCCCUACAGCUACUGGUCGGCGCUGGACAUUGCCAGAGCUGGGGAAACGCUUCCUUCCGAAAGGGAUCCGCAGAAGCACAAGCAGCCCAGGCAUCCCGGCAUCGAGAAAGUGCUGCUGAGCGCUGGGGCCAAAGUGGGGUCCAAGCUACCCGAGCCGCCGCAGAUGAAUACCUACGGCAACCUGCCUGAAGGCAAUCAGCGGCGGAACCCCUGCUUAGACGAGCAUGGCUUCCCCGUGCGCCCGAAGCACCUGUACAGCGAGGAGGAGGAGUUGCAGCGCAUGAGCGCGCUGGGUGCGCCCAAGUUCAGCCGGCACCCAGGCGGUGGAGGCGGCUGCCCCAUGACAAGCAUGGGAAUGAUGGCCGUGAGCCAGACGGAGGGAGGCCCACGAAUCUACAGCGGUGUAGUUUCCACGAGUCAGACCAAAGCCGACGCAUGA